UAUAGAUCGAAACCUGUUAUUGCGUUUCGCUUUGGUCCUUCUCUCCCACUGUCUUUGCAUAUCUGAUUCUUCGAUCCGGCUUGGUUCUCUUCCAGACGGAACCCUAGGAUUUGGAGUUUAUUGAAUUAGCUCAAAACCCUAGGAUUCUUGUUAUGCGAUUUAUUACAGAGCUUUCAUUUUAUCCUGAUUUUGAGAGCUAUAGUUUUAGCCGUCGUAGAAUGUCAGAUUCGAGUACUAAUUCAGUAAUACAUCCGAGAUUCGACCUUGAUCGCUAGCGAAAUUUGGCUGUGUGAUUGGUUGCUGGGAUUUGAAGGAAUUUAGCUGCGAACAGUCCAGGUGACAUUGAAUUGCUUUCUGCUGUGGCUUUUAGUAUAGAAUGAGCUGGAUCAGAGAAUGAAAUAGAUCGACAUCUGCUGUUUUUUUUAUACAUUUUCUUGAUUCUUGCUGGCGGAGGGUUUUGAAUUCGCUUAGACUUGACACCCAUUACUGGAUGAUGAUUAAGGAGUAGUUAUCAUUUUUGUGGCACCGGAUUUUCUGAUUUUAUUCACUUAUACUUUACUGGUUUGAGGCGUGGAAUGGUUCUGAAUGAACAUUUUUUGUGAAAAAUUUUGGUGGGGAUAAGCGUUUUGGAGUUGACUCCAAUGGUGAUACAUCAUCUGGUUGUCACUUAAUGGUCACGGGCUUGAGUUUUGCCUCUGGAGCUUUACUCUGAUAGUUCCUGCUUUUUGUGACUGUAAGAACACCGUAUUUGUUCUUUGUGGGCGCUGUCAUUAAAUUUCUGCAGAAUGAGCGUGGAAAAUGAAGGCCAACAUCUAUCAGAUCAGCCUACUGAAAGGGACGAUAUCCAAUCACAAAAGAAUGUAGGAAUCUCGUAUACAAGAGAUUUUCUGUUAUCUCUCGGUGAAUUGGAUGUCUGCAAGAAACUACCUAGGGGAUUCGAUCCAUCGAUUCUAAGUGAAUUUGAGGAUGCUUCCCAAGAUCGGCUAAGGAGUUCUGGCAGUUUGCCAUUGCAUGCCUUCAGGCGUACUGAGUACGGUUCUUCCCCACCUGUGAGAGGGGAGACAGGUAGUUAUUCUCGAAGUAUCGCUGUAAGGUGGGAUAGUCGUUCUUCCGGGAGAAGCGACAGAGAUAGUGAUUCACAAUCUGAUCGUGAUUCAGAUUCUGGAAGGUGUUAUAGCAAUCAAUCUCGUGGUUCAUGGCAAGGUCCUGAGCAUGAUGGACUUCUUGGAAGUGGAUCAUUUCAAGGACCUUCUGGAUAUGGUACAGGGGCAGCGGCGCCCAAGUUUCGUGCGAAUGAUCACUACCAGCUGAAUAAGUCUAACGAGCCAUAUCAUCCACCUCGACCGUAUAAGGCUGUGCCUUUCUCUCGGAGGGACAAUAAUGAUACAUUCAAUGAUGAAACAUUUGGUUCUUCAGAGCUUUCAAGUGAGAAUAGAGCCGAAGAGGAAAAAAAGAGAAGAGCUUCCUUUGAAUUGAUGAGGAAGGAACAGCAAAAAGAAUUCCAAGAGAAGCAGAAGUUGAAUCCUAACAAGCCUAAAGAUGAGUUUGAUAUCACAACAUUGUUAGACAAUCCCAAGGAUGAUAAGGGACAUAUGAAUAGAAAAAAUAAGCCUGAUGAACUCAUGAAGCUUGCAGCUUCAAAUUCUGAUUCAGAAAAGCCUUCUUUCCCCUCUCAAACUCUUGCAUCCAGACCACUUGUGCCACCAGGGUUUGCGAGCUCAAUGUCGGAAAAGAAUAUUGCAAACAAAUCUCUACCUCAUUCGCACUCAUUAGAGGUUCACAAUCCCAAUUUCGAUGGUAGCCUUCAGCCUGCCAAAAACACUCGUCUGUCAAAAGGAACUUCUCACAAUCAAGAGGAGAAGCGAUCAUUAAAACCAAUUGGUUUAAGUGAGCAGAAACUGGAAAUCAAAGAAAAUAUUGACUUAUCAUCAUCAGCAGACAUAUCAAAUAAGAAAACAAGUGUGGAUGGUCAAUCAUUCACAACUUCUUAUCUUUCUGAAGCUUUUGAAGGUUCAGAGGGUAGUAGUCAGAUAGGAAUUGAUGCUGAGGAGAUAACGAGGAGUACAGAAGUGCAUAAUUCCAAUAUGAAUCACUCCAUUCUAGACCAGCUUCUCGGGGGUGCCUUGGCACUGAAUGAGGGUGGCUCUUCCGGCUUCGCUGAGCAUAAUGAUGGUAAAGUGGAUGAUAACAUGAGCCCUGGUACUGUUCAUUCAUCAAGGUUUGCCCAGUGGUUUUUUGAAGAAGAAAAGAGGCGAGUUGAUGACCUCUCUUCUGGCAGGCCGAGUGACUUCCUCUCACUGAUUGUUGGUGGUGAGAAAGUUGGAUCCCAUGGCUUAGAUUUGAAAUCUACUGAGAACAUCACCUCAAACUCAAAGCUUCCCUUUCAUAUAUCUGAAAUUGCUAGCACUCAUACAACGUUAACUUUAAAGUCUCCUGCUGUUGAAAACUCUGAGCAUCUUUACCCGAUAAAUAAGCCAGAGGCAGUUCAAACUGUCCUUACAUGUGAAGACCUUGAGCAGUCAAUUCUCUCAGAAGUUACUGAGAAUGGUCCAACUCUGCCUCCACCUGUGCAGAGCUCGUAUGUUCCCAGGGCCCAAACUCUGGGCCAAAAAUCUGACAUUGAUGAUCAUGCAUCCGGGCACCUCCUUUCACUGUUGCAGAAUAGAACAGGCCUGAAGGAUACUGCACCAUCUCCAACUCUGGACGCCAAAUCAUCAGAGGAACUUCAAAACAUUGAAUCAGCAAUCCUUGGCAGUGCACUCGGCAAUUUGAGAGAGGCAAAUUCUGAAACUGUCUCCAAUUCCAGGAAACCUUUGAUCCUUGAAACACUUUUUGGGACAGCUUUUAUGAAGGAACUACAGUCAGUCGGAGCACCAAUUUCCAUCCAAAUGGGCUCUGUUGGGUCUGCAAGGGUUGAUGUUUCAGAAGACCAAGGAUUGAUUGAAGUUGGAUCUAACAUUACAAUUCAUGAACGCGGUGUUUUAGCAUCAAAUCAAAGGCAAAAAAUGGAGUCUGAUAAGGUUGAAGAGCAUUUGUUAGGCCUUGAUCCUCGAAAUGAAUUUGAUACAUCACAACUUCGAACUGAAAUAAGGUCUGAACUUGGUGGCUUUGAUGGAUCUGUUGAUAUUAGGCUUCCUGAAGAGGAUAGCUUGAUUACAGUAAGUGAUCCUGUGCAUCUUCAAAAUUUCAUGCCUGCCAGGAGCGCAGCUAAGACCGAGUUGUUGUCCGCCCAAGAGACACCAAUUGACAUUGGUGAAAAACUAGCAGCUUUGCAUUCUGCUUUGAGGGACGAAAGAUCUAUUGCAGGAGGUCAUGAGGGUCCACCUUUUCGUCGUGGUCCUUAUGAUGUUAGAGAGUCUGAUAUUCCUUAUCACAACCCUCAUGUUCAUCCAUCUUCUUCACAGCUUCAUACUCCUCAAUUGAAUCAUGUGGGACCCCUAUUUCGUCCACCUGAGCAUCCUGCAAAUAAUAAUUCUCAGAUGAAAUUUAUGGGUUCAGAUGGUGUCAUCCGUCAUGAUCCUCUAGCAAAUUAUCAAUUUUCUGCCAAUGUGCUUCACCCAUCAAUCCAUCAUGCUAGCAGUGGACGUACUGGUUUUGACCCUACCAUUAAUCAUCCUAUGUUACAACAAAUGAGCGUACCUGGCAACUUACCUCCACCUCACUUACGAGGAUUUGAAAGGGGUGCACCUGUUCCUCCACAUCUCAAUAAUCAAGUGGCUGGAUUCAUGCAGGAACAUAAUCCAUUGCCAGGUUUUCCAUUUGGUAACAGGCAACCUAACUAUGGCGGGAUUGGAAUGCCUACACCAGGCCCUCCUGAUGUAGGUGGAAUCAAAAAUCCAGAGGUGCUCCAAAGACUCAUCGGGAUGGAACUCAGGGCAAACUCAAAGCAGGUUCCACCAUUUGCUGCUACUGCCCAUAAUCAGGGGAUGUAUAGUCACGAGCUUGACAUGGGUUUUGGUUAUAGAUAGAAGUUGAUUGUGCUCAUGUAUAUUUUGCAUUGUACUCUCGUCUCUUAGCUAGAUUGUUGUCUUUGGCUAGUGUAACCAAUUAUUUUGUUCGAAAUUUACAUUUGGGGGCGUCUUUGGUCUUCUUAACUCCAAAUUCCAGUGCAGAAGUUUCUUCUCUUCCUUUAUUUUAUCUUAUUUCAUUUUAUUCAA